AUGUCGGCUGCUUCGUUAAGUAUUUUUGGUAGCAAGGGCGAGAGCACCCGGACUCUCCUCCGAGUUAUCAUUCUUUUCUUGAUCGCUGGUGCAGCCAUCUCCAGCCGACUUUUCUCUGUGAUCCGCUUUGAGAGUAUUAUCCACGAAUUUGAUCCUUGGUUCAACUUUAGGGCUACAAAAUACCUGGUUGCCAAUGGCUUCUACAACUUUUGGGACUGGUUCGAUGACCGGACCUGGCACCCGCUGGGCCGUGUCACCGGCGGUACCCUUUAUCCCGGCCUGAUGGUUACCAGUGGCGCGAUCUACCACGCACUUCGAGCUCUUACCGUUCCCGUCGACAUCCGGAAUGUCUGCGUGAUGCUUGCGCCCGUCUUCUCGGGCCUGACAGCCUUCUCGGCCUAUCUUCUGACCAACGAGAUGACCACAAGCUCAUCUGCUGGUCUGCUGGCAGCCGCCUUUAUGGGAAUUGCUCCCGGUUACAUCUCACGAUCCGUGGCCGGUAGCUACGACAACGAGGCCAUUGCCAUUUUCCUGCUCGUCUUUACAUUCUACCUCUGGAUCAAGGCCCUGAAGCUUGGGUCUAUGCUAUGGGGUGCUCUCUGUGCCCUCUUCUACGGCUACAUGGUCGCGUCGUGGGGUGGUUAUGCGUUCAUCACUUGUUUGCUGCCUCUCCAUUCGUUCGUUCUCAUCUGCAUGGGACGGUUUAGCACCCGCCUGUACAUUGCAUACAACACUUGGUAUGCGCUGGGAACAUUGGCUAGCAUGCAAAUCCCGUUUGUUGGUUUCUUGCCAAUCAAGACAAGCGAGCACAUGCCUGCAUUGGGAAUCUUCGGUUUUAUGCAGCUUAUGGGCUUCCUCGACUAUGUUCGGUCCGCGAUUCCCGGUCGCCAGUUCCGUACCUUUUUGGUGCUGUUCUCCGCUGCCAUCUUUGUCGUUGGCCUUUCGGUGCUGGCGCUUGCGACGAGCGCUGGCUACGUCGCCCCCUGGAGUGGUCGUUUCUACUCGCUCUGGGACACUGGCUAUGCCAAGAUCCACAUUCCCAUUAUAGCAUCCGUCUCUGAGCAUCAGCCCACCGCCUGGCCGGCCUUCUUCUUUGACCUCAACUUCCUCAUCUGGCUGUUCCCUGCAGGUGUAUAUCUGUGCUUCCAGAACCUCCGCGACGAGCACGUCUUCAUUGUUGUCUACGCGGUGUUUGGCAGCUACUUCGCUGGAGUCAUGGUCCGUCUGAUGCUCACGUUGACCCCCGUUGUGUGUGUUGCGGCCGCCAUCGCAGCCUCCUCGAUUCUCGACUCAUUUGUGUCGCUCAAGUCGCCCAACCCAGCCUCCGAAGAUGCCGAGACAUCCAAAGACGCUGCCUCGAAGAAGGCUGUCAAGGGUGGACUGCGGUCUACCAACAAGCCAAUCGUUGGUGUCUACACCAACCUCUCCAAGGGCUUGGUAACAAUGGCCAUGACCAUCUACCUGCUGAUCUUCGUCCUCCACUGUACCUGGGUCACGUCCAACGCCUACUCGUCACCAUCGGUUGUUCUGGCUAGCAGGCUUCCGGAUGGCUCUCAGCACAUUAUCGAUGACUAUCGUGAGGCGUACCAGUGGCUCCGCCAAAACACCAAGGAAGACGCCAAGAUCAUGUCGUGGUGGGACUACGGCUACCAGAUCGGUGGCAUGGCCGACCGUCCCACUCUCGUGGACAACAACACAUGGAACAACACACACAUCGCCACCGUCGGCAAGGCCAUGAGCUCGUCGGAGGAGGUCAGCUAUCCCAUCAUGCGUCAGCACGAGGUGGACUAUGUCUUGGUGGUUUUCGGAGGUCUGCUUGGUUACUCUGGUGACGACAUCAACAAGUUCCUCUGGAUGGUGCGGAUUGCCGAAGGCAUCUGGCCUGACGAAGUCAAGGAGCGAGACUUUUUUACCAGCAGGGGCGAAUACCGUGUCGACGACCAGGCCACUGACACGAUGAAGAACAGCUUGAUGUACAAAAUGUCGUACUACAACUACCACAGCCUUUUCCCUCCGGGUCAGGCUUCGGACAGAGUUCGAGGCUCCCGCGUACCGGAUGUUGGACCUGUUCUUAACACAAUUGAGGAGGCCUUCACCAGUGAAAACUGGAUCAUCAGGAUCUACAAGGUUAAAGACUUGGACACCUUUGGCCGUGAUCAUGCUGCUGCUGCGGCGUUUGAUAGGGGCCACAAGAAGAAGAGAGUGCUCAAGAAGAAGGGCCCUCGGGUGCUCAGGCUGGACUAA